AGGGAAAAAUCAUAAAAGUGAAAAUAUUUUGUAUAAUUUUAUUAUAAUUAUUAAAUAUAAUUUUUAUUUGUUAUCAUCUAGUUCAUAGAGCCUAUAACAUAUUAAGUUUAAGCUUACAGUUGUAUGUGGUGCUACACAUAAUAUAAUAGUUCGUAAUUCCUAAUCAUGUACGCGAUAGAAAAGAAAUUCGAGAUUGAAAUGAAACUUAAGAAGGAGAUGAGCAACAUGGCGGAGUUAAAGGCAGCAGCCAGCCGAAGCUCGGCACUGGCCGGGGAUGUGUGCAACGUGUUAGGAGCCUGUGAGCAGCGCCUGCAGCAGCUGGAGACUGCGGUGCUGCCGCUGUAUGGUGACACAGCGCGUCUGCAGCAGAUACACCACAACAUGGAACGCACGGUGAAAGCCCUGGACCACGUGAUCAACUACUACAUGGUGUCCAGAGAACUGGCAGACCUUGUACAGGCUGGCCCGCAUACAUCCAGCACUGACACACUCAACAUUUACUUAGAGGCAUUGGAUAAGUUGGCGGAAGCCCAAAAUUAUUUCAACAAGAACAAUCCACAGAGUGUGGAACUCGAAAAUAUUAACCAGCUGUAUAAUACAGGAGUGUUGAAGCUGGAGACAGCGUUUGAAGAGCUGCUGAACCGGAACACGCGGCCGCUCUCACCGACCACCCUAAUGGACAUGAUCGCUUUGGAAGAAGACUCGAGCGUAGACAGCGUGAGCGUGUCCGGGUCGGGGCCGAGCUCGUGCGGCGCGGCGCAGGCGCAGGCCGCGGACACGCUGCGCGCGGCCGCCGCGUGGCUCAGCGCCGCCGGCCGCGCGCCCGCGCAGGCGCUGCUCGCGGCCAGGGCUCCGGCCGCGAGACAGGCGUUGAACGCUUUCAAAGAUCACUUGAAAGCGCGUUCGGUACCACACGAUCCUAUCAUGAGAGCUAAAAACCUACUGCAUCGUUCUGACAGCACUACUAAAAAAACAAGCAAGAUACAAAAAGUGAUAGAGAAGCGAGCGAACAAAAUAAUCCAGAAGGCUUCUCAGACCCUCGAGAAUUCUACAGGGCUUGCGUUAGGCCCCCGGCGCUCCGUCAGCGAGGCUUACACUGAAGAGUCCUACGAAGCACUAGAAGAAUGGGAAGCGAUGCUAGCGGGCUCCGUGGCGGCCGCCCUGGCUAAGCUCGCGCGGCACGAACAGCGUACUCUCCUGGGACUUGUGCCGUUGCCUCGUUUGCCACCAUUACUCGCCCAGAUUCUACACGAUUGUUUUGCCACGUUGCAUCAGGAUGUUGAGCGCGCCUGCCAGCGUAGCCGACGUGCAUGCGCACGCAGCUCGUGCGGCGCGUCCGCGUGCUGGGCGCUGCUCGCGCGCCUGCAGCGCUUACAGCCUGAUGUGGCGCGCGCAUUAGCUCCUGCUGAACCCACCGUCUACACCAGCAUCGUCAACAACUGUCACAUGCACUGCCUCAAGUCGUUAGAAGAGUGGGUGUCGGGCCUCCGCAGCGACACGUUCGCGGGCGCCGUGGACGGCACGGUGCACCAGCUCGCCGUCGCCGCGCUAGCGCACUGCCACACGCUCGCGCGACAUCUGCAGACCAUCGGUCCGGCGCUGGGCACGGAGCCGGCGUACGCUCGCGCCGCCGCCGCGCUGGCCGGCGCGCCGGACCGGAGCGCGGCGCUGCUCGGCCUCUACGUGCGCAAGGUGCUCGCGCAGCUCAACCUGGUGCUGCGCAACAAGAGCGAGCAAUAUCCUGAUGCGUUAAAGGCGAUAUUUCUGCUGAACAACACUCUAUACUUACUCCAGGGAUUGCAGCGCAGUGGAUUAGUUGAGGUCCUAAUGACGGUAGAACCAGACUGCGAGGCUACCUACCGCGACAUGAUACACGAGUACAAGAACAACUACCUGCAGAGUUGGAACAAGCUGUUGGCCCACACGGUGUUGGAAGAGGCGCCGCCGGCCAAGUUGCGCGACCGCGACCGACAGAUACUCAAAGACAAGUUCGCGGUAAGUUGAUACUGUUACGUUUGUAGCUGGAACAAGCUGUUGGCCCACACGGUGUAGGAAGAGGCGCCGCCAGCCAAGCUGCGUGACCGCGACCGACAGAUUCUCAAAGACAAGUUCGCGUCAUUCAACCGUGAAUGGGAGGAGUGUACCAAAGCGCAGCGCAGCUACAGCGUGCCGGACCCGGAGCUGCGGGAGGCGCUCAAGCGAGACAACAAGGAGACCAUACUGCCGCCGUACACCAAGUUCUAUGACACCUAUGGCUCUCUGCCGUUCUCCAAGAAUCCGGACAAAUACGUCAAGUACUCUCCCGUACAGGUAACUAUACACUUCUGUUACUAGGACACUAUACGAGACGAUAAGGAGACUAUAUUACCGCCGUACACCAAGUUCUAUGACACCUACGGCUCUCUGCCGUUCUCCAAGAAUCCGGACAAAUACGUCAAGUACUCUCCCGUACAGGUAACUAUACACUUCUGUUACUAGGACACUAUACGAGACGAUAAGGAGACUAUAUUACCGCCGUACACCAAGUUCUAUGACACCUACGGCUCUCUGCCGUUCUCCAAGAAUCCGGACAAAUACGUCAAGUACUCUCCCGUACAGGUAACUAUACUUCUGCGUUACUAGGAGAGGCGAAACGAGACAAUAAGGAGACCAUACUGCCGCCGUACACCAAGUUCUAUGACACCUACGGCUCUCUGCCGUUCUCCAAGAAUCCGGACAAAUACGUCAAGUACUCUCCCGUACAGAUUGCGACUCAGCUGGACGGAUAUUUCGACGAAGCCGCUUAGACAACGCUCACAGUAUUCCACAAUAUUUACUCCAUUUAUAUUUAACAAAUAAAUAAAACGCCUUAUUUAACAU